AUGCAGCCGGCAAUGAUGAUGUUUUCUAGUAAAUACUGGGCAAGAAGAGGGCUUUCUCUGGAUUCAGCAGUGCCCGAAGAGCAUCUGCUGCUUGGCAGCUCAACACUAACUAAAACUAACGCUGGCAAAAAUGAUGAUAAAAAAGGCAACAAGGGAAGUAGCAAAAGUGACACUGCUACCGAGAGCGGCAAGAUGGCAGUUGUCUUCUCCUUGAAAAAUGAAGUUGGUGGAUUGGUCAAAGCACUGAAACUCUUUCAGGAAAAACAUGUCAACAUGGUUCAUAUCGAGUCCAGGAAAUCCCGGCGAAGAAGUUCGGAAGUUGAAAUCUUUGUGGACUGUGAGUGUGGCAAAACGGAAUUCAAUGAGCUCAUUCAGUCACUGAAAUUUCAAACCACGAUCGUGACGCUGAAUCCGCCAGAGAACAUUUGGACAGAGGAAGAAGAGCUAGAGGAUGUGCCCUGGUUUCCCCGGAAGAUCUCUGAGUUAGACAAAUGUUCUCACAGAGUUCUCAUGUAUGGUUCUGAGCUGGAUGCCGAUCACCCAGGAUUUAAAGACAAUGUCUAUCGACAGAGAAGGAAGUAUUUUGUGGAUGUAGCCAUGGGUUAUAAAUAUGGUCAGCCCAUCCCCAGAGUGGAGUACACAGAGGAAGAAACUAAAACUUGGGGCAUUGUGUUCCGAGAGCUCUCCAAACUCUAUCCUACUCAUGCUUGCCGGGAGUAUUUGAAAAACUUCCCUCUGCUGACUAAAUAUUGUGGCUACAGGGAGGACAACGUGCCCCAGCUUGAAGACGUCUCGGUUUUCCUGAAAGAAAGGUCUGGCUUCACCGUGAGACCAGUGGCUGGAUACCUGAGUCCUCGAGACUUUCUGGCAGGACUGGCCUACAGAGUGUUCCACUGUACUCAAUACAUCCGCCAUGGCUCGGACCCCCUCUACACCCCGGAACCAGACACAUGUCACGAACUCCUGGGACAUGUCCCUCUACUUGCGGAUCCUAAGUUUGCUCAGUUUUCACAAGAAAUAGGCCUGGCAUCUCUGGGAGCAUCAGAUGAAGACGUUCAGAAAUUAGCCACAUGCUAUUUCUUCACCAUUGAGUUUGGCCUUUGCAAACAAGAAGGGCAACUGCGAGCUUAUGGAGCUGGACUGCUUUCCUCCAUUGGAGAAUUAAAGCAUGCUCUUUCUGACAAGGCAUGUGUGAAAGCCUUUGACCCAAAGACAACUUGCUUACAGGAAUGCCUUAUCACCACCUUCCAGGAAGCCUACUUUGUUUCAGAAAGUUUUGAAGAAGCCAAAGAAAAGAUGAGGGACUUUGCAAAGUCAAUUACCCGUCCCUUCUCCGUCUACUUCAAUCCCUACACACAGAGUAUUGAAAUUCUGAAAGACACCAGGAGCAUUGAAAACGUGGUGCAGGACCUCCGCAGCGAUUUGAACACCGUGUGUGAUGCCUUGAACAAAAUGAACCAAUAUCUGGGAAUUUGAUGUCUGGGACCUGUGUCAUUGCCAGCCUGAUCUUUUUGGGGCUUAGCAGCAAUUCAGUCAAUGUCAUAUAACACCAAUAGCUUUCUGUGUCAUGGCUUGGCUAGUAAGCAUGCAAUUCUGUAUAUUUCUACCUACUUGCA